CAAAAGAAAAAAAAAUGUCACCUUGUACAGUUGUACACUUAUACUUUUGUGAUCAAUCAUCGAGUUGUUGUACCAUUGCUAUAGUACAUACAAGUGUGAUCAAUCAUCGGUAGCUGCAGCUGCGAGGUAAGCAGGUGGCGAUCGGCCAGAGCGACCGAUGGCGACGCCCGCGCCGGCGCUGGUGCUCCUGCCGGAGUGGGGCGCCGGCCACCUGAUGUCCAUGGUCGAGUCCUGCAAGCGCGUGCUCCUCGCCGGCGGCGGGUGGGACUUCUCCAUCACGCUGCUCGUCAUGCGCCCGCCCACCGCCGAGGCGACCUCCGAGGUCGAGGCGCACGUCCGCCGCGAGGCCGCGUCGGGCCUCGACAUCCGCUUCCACCGCCUCCCCGCCGUGGAGCCACCCGCCGACGCCGUCGGCGUGGAGGAGUUCAUCGCGCGAUACAUACACCUCCACGCGCCGCACGUCCGGGACGCCGUCGCCGGGAUGGGUUGCCCCGUCGCCGCGCUCGUGCUCGACAUGUUCGCCGCGCCCAUGGUCGACGUGGCGCGCGACUUCGGCGUGCCGUCAUACGUGUUCAUGUCGUCCACCGGUGCCAUGCUCGCGCUCAUGCUGCACCUCCCCGUGCUGCACGAGCUGGUCACCGUGGAGUUCGACGAGGUGGACGGGGAGGUCGACGUGCCUGGCUUGCCGCCUCUGCCGCCGGCGUCCAUGCCGUGCCCGGUGGUGGACAAGAAGAGCCCCAACUACACGUGGUUCAUGCACCUCGGCGACCGCUUCAUGGACGCCACGGGCAUCAUUGCGAACACCGCAGACGAGCUGGAGCCGGGGCCUCUCGCCGCCAUCACCGACGGCCGGUGCGUGCCGGGGCGCACUGCACCGCCCGUGUACCCCAUUGGUCCCGUGCUCUCGCUCGGCAGCGGCAACGCCAAGGACAACCCCAAGCCGCCGCAUGAGUGCAUCGCAUGGCUCGACGGGCAGCCGCCGGCGUCGGUAGUGUUCCUCUGCUUCGGGAGCAUGGGCUGGUUCGAGGCGCCGCAGGUGGUGGAGAUAACCGCCGCGCUCGAGCGGUCCGGCCACCGAUUCCUCUGGGUCCUGCGUGGCCCGCCGCCCGCCGCAGAGUCAGGCGCCGGCGCGCCGGACGGGUCGGAGCACCCGACGGACGCGAACCUCGACGAGCUCCUCCCCGACGGCUUCCUGGAGAGGACCAGAGGGAGGGGCCUCGUGUGGCCGACGUGGGCGCCGCAGAAGGACAUCCUCGCGCACCGCGCCGUGGGAGGGUUCGUGACGCACGGCGGCUGGAACUCGGUGCUGGAGAGCCUGUGGCACGGCGUGCCCAUGGCGCCGUGGCCGCUGUACGCGGAGCAGCACCUGAACGCGUUCGAGCUCGUGGCCGACAUGGGCGUGGCCGUGCCGCUGAAGGUGGACACGAAGCGGGACAACUUCGUGGAGGCGGCGGAGCUGGAGCGCGCGGUGAGGUCCCUGAUGGAGCACGGCGCGUCGUCGGGGGAGGAGGGGAGGAAGGCGAGGGAGAAGGCGGCGGAGAUGAAGGCCGUGUGCCGGAGCGCCGUGGCGGAGGGCGGCUCGUCGCACGCCGCGCUGCGGAGGCUCUCCGCGGCGCUGCACGACGGCGCGGCGGUCCCCAAGAAAUGAAUCCGUGCCGAGCAAAACAGUGGAUAAAUUAUGUCCGGCGAUGGUGAAUUUUUUGCGGAUGCACCAUGCACGUACAUCUUAUUUAUUAUUUAUAAAAAAGAAUACUAAAAUAAGACUAAUCUCAGAAGAUAUAUUCACAAUGAUAUAUAGUGAUAUUAAAAAUAAGGAAGGAAUAUCUAUGUUGAUCAAGUAGGCCAUAAACUUUGAUAAACUACUAGUAAAUGAUAAAAAUACAUAUCACUACUACUUAUUACCAUCUUCUUUGAUAGUCGAGUGGCUUAAUAGAUGGAACUGCAUACGUAGUUAUGUACCAUCACAAUAUAAGUUUAUCAUUUUGUUUGUAGUUGAGUGCCUUAAUAGAUGGAAUUGCAUAUGGAGUUAUGUACCGUAACAAGUUUAGUACAUCAUUAAAUACAAGGGUUAAUUAGAUCAUCCAUUAUAAAUUUAUCAGUUUAGAAAAAUAUCAUUACUAUUCGACUAAUUAU